GGCAGAUAUUUUUUAACGUUUGGUACAAAUCUGAAAAUUACUACAAAAAUUCUCAACAUCAUUCCGUAAAUUGUUUUAAAAACUUAUAAACUCAUAUUGGAGUUUUCUCUAAUCUCUAACUUUCGACGACUGUGCGGACAAAGGAAAUUUGCUUUGCUUCCUUCAAAGCCGGCACCAAAGCAAUAACGUUCACAGUGUAAGCGACUUAAAUCCCAGCUAAUACCACAAACUCUCGGCGGAAUUUUGAACAUCAGUGCGAAGGAAGUGUAGAUAUUCAAGAUGGGUAAAGAAAAGACGCAUAUUAAUAUUGUCGUUAUUGGUCAUGUGGACUCCGGUAAGUCGACCACCACUGGUCAUUUGAUUUACAAGUGCGGCGGCAUUGAUAAGCGUACGAUUGAGAAGUUUGAAAAGGAGGCCCAAGAAAUGGGUAAGGGCUCCUUUAAGUAUGCUUGGGUCUUGGACAAACUGAAGGCCGAACGUGAGCGUGGCAUUACCAUUGAUAUUGCCUUGUGGAAAUUCGAGACGCAGAAAUACUAUGUGACUAUCAUUGAUGCACCUGGACAUCGUGAUUUCAUCAAAAACAUGAUUACCGGUACUUCGCAGGCCGAUUGCGCGGUAUUGAUUGUUGCUGCCGGUACCGGCGAAUUCGAAGCCGGCAUCUCUAAGAAUGGCCAGACGCGUGAGCAUGCCCUACUAGCAUUCACUUUGGGUGUAAAACAAUUGAUUGUUGGCGUGAAUAAGAUGGACUCCACUGAGCCACCAUACAGCGAGGCCCGCUAUGAGGAAAUCAAGAAGGAGGUAUCAUCGUACAUCAAGAAGAUUGGCUAUAAUCCGGCUUCAGUGGCGUUCGUACCGAUUUCCGGUUGGCAUGGCGACAACAUGCUUGAACCAUCUGAGAAGAUGCCAUGGUUUAAGGGUUGGACUGUUGAGCGCAAGGAAGGUAAAGUGGAGGGCAAGUGUUUGAUUGAUGCGCUGGAUGCAAUUAUGCCACCACAGCGGCCCACCGACAAACCACUGCGUCUGCCACUGCAGGACGUUUACAAGAUUGGUGGUAUCGGCACGGUGCCAGUGGGACGUGUGGAAACGGGUAUACUAAAACCAGGUAUGGUGGUUAAUUUUGCACCGGUCAAUUUGGUAACUGAAGUAAAGUCUGUGGAGAUGCAUCACGAGGCACUGUCCGAAGCAUUGCCCGGCGAUAAUGUGGGCUUCAAUGUAAAGAACGUUUCGGUAAAAGAGUUGCGGCGUGGUUAUGUAGCUGGUGACUCUAAGAAUUGCCCACCCAAGGGUGCAGCUGACUUUACCGCUCAGGUGAUUGUACUUAAUCAUCCUGGUCAAAUUGCAAACGGCUAUACUCCGGUAUUGGAUUGUCACACCGCUCAUAUCGCUUGCAAAUUCGCUGAAAUCAAAGAAAAAUGCGAUCGCCGUACUGGUAAGACCACCGAAACUGAUCCGAAGGCUAUUAAAUCCGGUGAUGCGGCUAUCAUAUUAUUGGUACCGACUAAGCCGUUAUGUGUUGAAAGUUUUCAAGAGUUUCCGCCGCUUGGGCGUUUCGCUGUACGUGAUAUGAGGCAAACAGUUGCUGUGGGGGUCAUAAAGUCAGUCACCUUUAAAGAGACAACCUCGGGUAAAGUCACAAAAGCCGCCGAGAAGGCACAGAAGAAGAAAUAACUAGAGUGCCAGCAAAACGUUAAUUCACAACAACAAUUAAUUAUGCAAAUACAAAUACAAUUUGUAUUAUCGUCAUCGCCAUCAAUGUCGUUGUCAUCGGUGUCGUUGAAGUUGCCAUUGUGGUGGUGGUCAUCAACACCAACAACUACAAUAGCAGCAACAGCAAAAUUACUACAUAAAUCUCAAAAGAAAACAUUUAAUAAGCAUAAAUUUAAAAGAAUACUACAAUUUACUAUUAUCAAUGAUAUGAAUAUGAAUAUGAUAAGUAAUUAUUAUGAUAAUAAUGCUAUGCCAUUCAAUGUGAGCAACAACAUCAACAAUAACACAAACAACAUAGACAACAACAGCAACAAGAUCUUAAAGAAGAAAACCAAAUAUUUUCAAAUGAACCAACACUCAUACAAAGAACGAACUUCAUGUGUCAACAACAACAACACAAACAUCAACUCCAUCUCCAUUAGCAACACUAUGACCGCCUACAUGAGAAAAACAUCAGCAAUAGCAUCACUAGCAGCACCAUUAGCAUCGACUAAAGCCAUGUUGAUCUACCCCCAGACUUCGAUUGAGUCAAGUGUUAAGGCGUCAUUCCCUACGCAAGUGGCCAACAGCAAAAUAAAAGACAUUGAUAACAUGAAAAUCGAAAAAUAUUCAUUAAUAACACUAACAAAACAACUAUUAACAACAAAAUACACAACACCCUCUUCACAAGCAAUUUCAACUCCAAUCACUACAACAACUAUGUCAAUCUCUUCCAAAUUUAACUUAGCCACGCGCGAAGCAACUCGCUUCUUGAGAAACUCUAAACUGGCUUUUUUAUUAUUUUCAGUUAUAUACUAUAUUUACGUCUUUCUUAAUCUAUACCGUCAUCGUAAAUCAUUUCGCAGGAAAUCGGACUUCAUCAAUACCCCUAUCAAAAUUAUCGCAAAUCAAUCAUCAAUCGCGCGCAGUCACAACAUAAUUGCACUUACAAAGUGGUCAAACAUUUUAUAAUUAAAAUAUUUAUCCAAAAACAUAAAAAUGUACAUGGAUGUUGCUCGUUCGCAAGUUCGCUCAUUCAUCACUGCUUAUCCCGUAUCGUAUUCCCUCAUUAAACAUUAGUGAUCGUCAAAGUACAUUGUAGUUGUAUGCGAAUUCAUAAAUUUCCUUAGCGUAUACAUAUGUACUAUGUAUGUAUUGUAUUGUAUUUCAACACCAAACUGUGAGACUCAAUCGAAUUGAAUUCAUUUUGUUAUUAAUUCUUAUAAUUAUUAUUAAGUUUUUUAUAUUGUAUUCUGAAACCCAACCAAAGUUGGUAAUACUCUUAAUUCCCUAACCAACAUAUAUAUAUAUAUAUAUAU